AUGGAGGAUAUUACAGCACUAGAGAUCACUACACCCUCUUCUCUUGAUAAGUCCAGCAAGGACUCACUCAGUCACUCACAAACAAAACUCCAAUUUGAGGAACCACUUGUCAGGUAUAGAGAUUAUGGAUACAUAAAAAGCAGACAGACUUCAUUACAAUAGGCUAUACUAUAACAAUGUUAUUUUGAGUUAAUUAGAAAUGUUCUCAUUCAAAAGGCAAGAGGAGUCAAGGCAUAAAAGGGAGAGCUUUGCACUGUCAAGCAAAUCCGAAGCUCCAUUCCCUAAAGAUCUACUUGAAGUUUUAGGUUAGUAUUAAAACACUAAGUAUUCAAGGUUAGUAUUAAAACACAAUUUGUGAUGUUCACACACUGGUGGUUAUUUUUCAUUUUGCCACAUUGCAAUGUUAAACAAAAUGAAUGUUUAAGAUCAGCCCUUGUACUAGUUUAAAGACACAAAGCUAUCACAUAAAGGAGAUGGCAAACACAAACCAGUCAUCCACUCAAAGCUUGCAUUGUGUCCCCUGCAAAGGGACUUCAGAUAUCCAGACUCUGGAGGAUCUAGUGGCUAAACUGGAGUUUGAGAAUGAGCUGCACCGUGUGUGUGGGGAUCAGGAUGUAGAAGAAGAGUCUCUAUCACCAGAGGGACACAGUUCAGACAGCUUGGUAGAGGACAGAAGCAGCAGCAAUGGAGAUGUGUCCAGUUCAGAGGAGGACCACUGCAUGUUAGAGAUUGUGUUGCAGAUGGAACAGGAGUAUGAUCUUUCUGUUUAUUACAAUGACUUCUGUCCUCAAUGA